AUGAGAUCUAAUAAAAAUCUAUUAAUAACUUCGAAAAACCCGCAUUUGCGGCGCUUCGCCUCGGGCAAUGCUGGUGGUGGUGGUGGCGCGAGGUUAAUUGGAUUGGCGCUUGGUGCAGGCGCCGCCGGAAUCGCUGGCGUUGCUGGUUAUGCGGCAUAUGAUCCGAAAUUCAGGCAUAAGAUUGAAAAUAGCAUCCCGGUUUCAAAGGAGCUUCUCACUUAUACAAUCGGUCCUGAAGAACCUCCAGCUCCAAAAUUGAUCGAUCUGCGUCCGUUGCAAUAUUCAAACGAUCCGAAAAUCGCGCCAAAACCAUUCGAGCCGAAAAAAAUUACAAAUGCUGUUGAAAAAGCGCCGCCAGAGCCGAUUGCGACGAUCCCGACGCCACCGAAAAAAGCAACAAUUCCUAAAAAGGAGCUGAUUGGCCUGAAAGAUCCCGAGCCAACGCCUAUCAUGGAGGUUAAGAAGUCGACGAAGAACCCAUAUGUUGGAAAGGAGGGGUCCUUUGACAAAAAUGAAGCUCUCACUGAAAGCCUGAAAAAGCUUCUCGUGGACGCUGAGAAGGCCACAAAAGCGGCGACCACUGCCAAAUUGGAUACGAUUCGAGCAAUCGAGCAUCAUAUUCAGACAAUUCGGGAAGCUAUUGAAGGCGGCAAAGAUGGCGAUUGGGAUGCGGUGACGAUGGCGCAUCUAAAAGCUCAAACUUGCGAGAAGAAGGAUAAGGAAGCUGAGAUGUUUGCGAGGAAUCGCGUCGCCGAUCUUGUCAAGGAGGCGAAUUUUGGGAAGCAGGGUGAAACCACACAGAUGAACCCACUCCUUCCCGUGAGUCAGGCAACGGCGGUGAAAUUGUCGAACGAGCUUGACGAGAUGGCGACGAAUGUGAAGAAGGUCGACACGGAGCGCAUUUUUACGAACGACUAUGGCAAGUUGGUGGAAGAGAGCCGAAAGAAAUUUGUGCAGGAGGUGAAAGCCGUCCAUCCAGAAAUUCAAUAUGAAGAAGGCAAAAAAAUAAAGAAGAAUGAUUUGAAGACGAUGCUGUCGCAUGCGCAUUUGCGUGUUGAUCAGCUGUCGAUGAAGCUGAUCGAUAUGAAGCUGAAGGAGGAGAAGCGCGUCAAAGAUGCGAUUGAGGCGAAGAAGAAGGAGCUGCUUGAGAGUUUGAGAAUUGACGCGUUGAAAAAGGGAGAUGUUAAGAAGGAGAUUGUUAAGAUCCCGGAGAUCGACCAGAAACGAUUCGACGAGGAGCUCGCGAAGAAGACGAAAGAGAUUCAGGAGAAAUUCGAUCGAAAAUUGGAAGACGUCGUCAAAACCCAGAAGAAAUUGUAUGAUAUUGAGCACGCGAAUGACGUGAAUUCGGCGGUUGCCAGAGAAAGAGACGCGCAAGCGAUUUGCAUUGGAAAAGCGUUGUCGCAGCUUGAAGGAAUUGAGAAGGCGUUGAAGGGACACCUACAGAUGGAUAUCGAGAAUCGAAGAUCGAAACAGAUGUGGUUGGCCACUCAGAAUCUCGUCGACACUGUCAAAUUUGGCAAUCGGGGAAGUUGUUGUAUGGAAGGCCGAAGAGCGCCAUUGGAUGGCCAGAUGAAGACGUUGAUGAAAUGCGCUGGAAACGAUGAGAUGCUGAAGUUGGUCAACGAUUCGAUGCGACGUGUCAGCAAAAUCAAAGGAGAAUACACUUGUGCCGAUUUGAACACGCGAUUUCAGAAGGUCUACAAGAUUGGACGACGAUUGGCGUUUGUCUCGGAGAACACGGCCAACGGCAUUUUCGGGCAUUUGAGCAGCUGCUUGAAAUCGGCGCUGACGUUGCCGAUGCCGAUUAAAAAAGGAGAUGACAAAAUUUCGCCCGCACUCGAGAACAAUGUGACGCUUCUAGACCGUGCUGCCCAUUUAUGGUCCGAAGGUAAACGAUUGGAUGCGAUUCGCGUUUUGCAAUUGACGACUGGCGCGACUAGACGAAUUGCUCGCGAUUUCAUUGAAGACGCUCGUCGACAUGAAGAGACGCUUUUCCUUGCCCGCCUCCUUCUUGCCCAUUCGGCUCUCACUUCGAUCCGAUCCACCUAUUAG